GAUCAGUAUUUGUGGAGGUCUUAGAUGAACCAAGCUUCAUGAAGCCACGGGUGAUGGAGAUCAGCAUCGACCCAGGCACACCGAGCUGGACCAACCCAAUCCUUUCCUUCUUACGAGAUGGGACAGUACCUAAGGACAGGCAGGAGGCAAUGAAGUUGAGGAGGAAAGCAUCUCGGUAUACACUUGUUGAUGGGAUCCUCUAUAAGCGAUCUUUCUCUCUACCUCUUCUAUGGUGCUUGAACCCCUAUGAAGCAGAAUAUGCACUCAGGGAGGUACAUGAAGGUGUUUGCGGAAGUCACAUGGGUGCUCGAACUUUGGCCCAUAAAGUCCUUAGACAAGGUUAUUAUUGGCCCAACAUGUACAAGGAUGCCACUCACUUUGUUCAGAGAUGCUUGAAAUGCCAGUUCUUUGCACACCUGACUCACCAGCCUGCAGAAGAACUCACUACUCUGGUAGCACCAUGGCCAUUUGCUCAGUGGGGGUUAGAUCUUUUGGGCCCAUUCGUGAAGGGGGUUGGUGGUGUAACCCACGUGAUUGUUGGUGUAGAUUACUUCAUAAAGUGGGUUGAAGCUCGGCCAUUAUCCAGUCUUACUUCCAAGAAGAUUGAAGACUUUGUUUUCGGCUCAAUCAUCUGCAGAUAUGGGAUCCCGAAUCAGAUUGUGGCUGAUAAUGGACCUCAAUUUAACUGCACCUCUUUUCGAGAUUUCUGUUCCAGCUACGGGAUUAAACUGCAGUUCACCUCGGUUUACCAUCCGGAGUCCAACGGCAUGGUCGAAUCCGUUAGCAAGUGCAUCCUAGAAGGUAUAAAGCCGAGGUUGGAACAACACAAGGCCAAAUGGGCAGACAAGCUCAACAAUGUCCUCUGGGCAUAUAGAACUACGAGUCGAACUGCCACAGGUGAAACACCAUAUCAUCUGGCCUUUGGUACCGAAGCAGUCAUUCCUAUCGAGAUAGGAGUUCCAAGCUUCAGAGUCACCCAUUUCGAUGAAGGACGGAAUGGACAACUGCUUCGGGAGAACCUUGAUCUGCUUGAUGACCUCAGAGAAGAAGCACGACUUCGAACUCUAGUCUACAAGCAGAAAAUAGCAAAUUUCUACAAUAAACGAGUUCGACCCCGAUCAUUCAAAGUAGGAGACCUUGUUCUCAGGAAAGCUGGUCUAACGGGGUUCGAAACUCGAUUCGGCAAAUUAGCACCAAACUGGGAAGCCCCUACACUAUCGCUGAAGUGCCACACCCAGGUGCUUAUAUCCUGCGGGACACUGAAGGCAAACGAGUUCCCAGAGUCUGGAAUAUCAAUAACCUGAAGAAGUUUUACCCUUAAGUGUACUUCAUUUAAGUGAACUUUGUUUUGAUAAUUCCUACUUUCACUCAUUCUGCUCAAUUUAGAGUGUAUUUUAACUCAAUUCAUUAAUAAGUUUCACUUCACGACCAAAGUAAUUCAGUUUUGUGUACUCUUCUGUACGUAGGAAGUGAGUUUCAUU